AUGUUUGAAAAUUUAAAGGCAUUUAUCAGACAUGGUAAAAAUGCUGAAAAUUUAUCUUUCAGUGAUAUCAAUAUGAAUAUUGAUAAAACUGUUCCUAAGGUAACUAAUGAAUUACCGGAAUUAAUUCAAAAUCAACCACAUUCUGUACCUAAUGUUCAUGAAACUCAGAUCAUAGAACCUUCUGAUAGUUUCAGGACCCAUGACUCAAAUAAUGAAUCAAAGGCCGAAUAUAGAAAUGAUUAUAGAAGUGAAUCAAAGAAUGAAACUAGAAAUUAUGAUAACUAUGCUUCACAAAUUGUUGAGCAAGAAAACUUGAUCAAAAAGCAAAAAAUCAAAUAUCCAAAUUUGGAUAAUUAUCAUGUAUUAGAGCAAUUAGGUGAAGGAGCUUUUUCCAUCGUCUAUAAGGCUCAACAUUUGAAAACAGGUAAGUUUGUUGCUAUCAAGAUUUUAAGAAAGUUCCAAAUGGACAAUGCUCAAAAGCAAGCUGUAUUAAAAGAAGUCACUAUAAUGAGACAAUUAAAGCAUCCUAAUGUGGUAGAAUUCAUUGAGUUCAUUGAUUCCGAACCUUAUUAUUAUAUUGUUCAAGAAUUAGUUAGUGGAGGUGAAAUCUUCCUGGCUAUUGUUAAAUAUACUUAUUUAUCUGAAGAUUUAAGUAGGCAUAUAAUAGUCCAAGUGGCUAAUUCUAUAAGGUAUUUACAUGAAGAAGUUGGUAUUGUUCAUAGAGAUAUCAAACCUGAGAAUUUAUUAUACUUCCCAAUAGACUUCAAACCUUCAGCAAAUCCUUCAGGUAAAUUAAGAAGAAGUGAUGAUCCUUCAAAAUUAGAUGAAGGUGAAUUCACUCCAGGAUUAGGUGGAGGAACUAUCGGAGUUGUUAAAGUUGCAGAUUUUGGAUUAUCAAAACAAAUUUGGGAGCAUAAUACCAAAACUCCUUGUGGAACUGUUGGUUAUACUGCACCAGAAAUUGUUAGAGAUGAAAGAUAUUCCAAAGAAGUUGAUAUGUGGGCUAUUGGAUGUGUCUUGUAUACUUUAUUAUGUGGAUUUCCUCCAUUUUAUGACGAAAGAAUUGAUAUUUUAACUGAAAAAGUUGCUAAAGGUGAAUAUACUUUCUUAUCGCCAUGGUGGGAUGAAAUAAGUAAAGAAGCUAAAUAUUGUGUGUCAAGAUUAUUAACUGUUGAUCCAUCAAAACGUUAUACUAUUGAAGAAUUUUUAAAAGAUCCUUGGAUUAAUAAUUCUUCAGCCAUGGGACCUCCAAGAAUGAAAAGCUCAAGACAAAUCCAAGCUAAUCAUCCAAUUCAAAUGAAUAAUCAAAUACCUCAAAAUCAAAGUAAGUAUAAGAAAAAAUACGGUAAUGAGUUAUAUUCUCCAGCAGCCGUAGCUUUACGUGAUGCAUUUGAUAUUUCAACUGCUGUUCAUAGAAAUGCUGAAGAAUCAAAAUUGUCAAACAUACAGUUUGAUCAAUUAAUUGAAGAAGAGGAAGAAGAAGUUGAUAAUGUUGGACAUGUUAUUGACGUCCACCACCAAAAAAAUCUACCAAAAAUUCCAAAGAAAGACAAGCCAUUGAAUGGUAAUGGUUUUGAUUUGAAUUUAGGUGGAGCCUCCAUAAUAGAAAGAAGAAAAAACAAAGCAGUAGCUGUUCGUUCUUAG